CUGGAGAGCUGGCUGUUGAAUCUCCGGAGAAGUAAAGCAAGUGCUCUGGUCAGAGUCAGAAACGUCUGUUGAUCCAAAGGGAACAAGAGUAAAUUUAGUAAGGAAAGAGAUUACCUGUUUUGAAGAGAAAUUCCAGGAGGGAGUUGCUCAGAGGAGUCCUGCUCUGGAGUCUAGAAAUCCAAGAUCAAGGUGUUGGUGGGGCAGUGCUCCCUCUGAAGGCAUUAGAGAAUGAUCUGUUCCAGGAUAAGUAGGUGUGCCUUUACAUGCCCUGUCAGCUUCCUGGGCCUCUCAGCAGACUCUCAAAUCCAGAAUUCAACUUAAUCAUUUCCUGACAAAAGAAUGCAAUUUCCACUGACCUUUGUUUUGCACCUUGGAUUGCUCAGUUAUGUGAAAGCUGAGGAUGAAUGCAACAGAGGUUCCUGCCGUCCCCCAACCGGCAAUCUCCUUCUGGGCCGCAGCACACAGCUCAUGGCUUCUUCUACCUGCGGGCUGAACGGGGCCCAGAAAUACUGCAUCCUUGGCUACCUCGAGGGGAAACAAAAAUGCUUCAUCUGUGACUCCAGAUUUCCGUACAAUCCUCAUACCCAAUCCAACAGCCACACCAUUGAGAAUGUGAUUCCAAGUUUUGAACUAGAUAGAGAAAAGAAAUGGUGGCAAUCUGAAAAUGGUCUGGAUCAUGUCAGCAUCAGAUUGGACCUCGAGGCAUUAUUUCAGUUCAGCCACCUCAUUCUGACCUUCAAGACUUUUCGGCCUGCCGCAAUGUUAGUUGAACGUUCCACGGACUAUGGACGCACCUGGAAAGUGCUCAAAUAUUUUGCAAAAGACUGUGCUACUUCCUUUCCCAACAUCACAUCUAGCCAGGCCCAGGAAGUGGGAGACCUUGUUUGCGACUCCAAAUAUUCGGAUAUUGAGCCCUCAACUGGUGGUGAGGUCGUUUUAAAAGUUUUGGAUCCCAGCUUUGAAAUAGAAAACCCCUACAGCCCCUACAUCCAGGACCUUGUGACAUUAACAAACCUGAGGAUAAACUUUACCAAACUCCACACCCUUGGGGAUGCUUUGCUUGGAAGGAGGCCAGAUGAUUCCCUUGAUAAAUACUACUAUGCUAUCCAUGAGAUGGUGGUCCGGGGCAGCUGUUUUUGCCACGGCCACGCCAGCGAGUGCGGUCCAAUGCAGGAGGUGCGGGGAGAUGUGUUCAGCCCUCCCGGAAUGGUUCAUGGUCGGUGUGUCUGUCAACACAAUACAGAUGGCCCCAACUGUGAGCGGUGCAAGGACUUCUUCCAGGACGCUCCUUGGAGGCCAGCCACAGGCCUGCAGGACAGCACUUGCAGAGCUUGUAACUGUAACAGCCACUCUGAGCGCUGUCACUUCGACAUGACCGCGUACCUGGCCAGCGGCGGAGUCAGCGGGGGCGUGUGCGAGGGCUGCCAGCACAACACGGAGGGCCAGCACUGUGACCGCUGCAGACCCCUCUUCUACAGGGACGCGCGCAAGGCCAUCUCGGAUCCGUACGCAUGCCUUCCUUGUGAAUGUGACCCUGAUGGGACCAUAUCGGGAGGCAUUUGUGUGAGCCACUCUGAUCCUGCCUUGGAGUUGGUGGCUGGCCAGUGCCUGUGUAAGGAGAACGUGGAAGGAGCCAAAUGUGACCAGUGCAAGCCCAACUACUUCGGACUGAAUGCCUCUGACCCCAUGGGCUGUCAACCCUGCACCUGUCAUCCUGUUGGGAGUCUGCCUCUCUCCACCUGCGAUGUGGAUACAGGCCAGUGCCUGUGCCAGCCCCUGGCCACCGGACCACGUUGCGAGGAGUGCGCUGUUGGAUACUGGGGACUGGAAAGUCAUCCUCACGGAUGUUCUCCCUGUGACUGUGAUAUUGGAGGUGCUUAUUCUAACGUGUGCUCCCCUGAGGAUGGGCAGUGUAAGUGCCGUCCCCAUGUCACUGGCCACAGCUGCACUGAGCCAGCCCCCGGCUACUUCUUUGCUCCUUUGAAUUUCUAUCUCUAUGAGGCCGAGGAAGCCACAGCACUCCAAGGACUGGCGCCUUUGAUAUUAGCAACAGCUCUGCCUACAUGUGAUGUGUAUUUCCAGCAACAAGGGAAUGAUUUUGUAAUUGACAAAGGAAAUAUAAUACUGAAGAGAAAUCAGAAGCAGAGCAUAGGUGCCAACGAGCAGAGUGAGGGCUCAGUGACUUUUGGCCAGGUGCCUGCUGUUCACGUUGUUUUCCGAGAGCCGGUUCCUGGGACGCCUGUCACGUGGACUGGACCUGGAUUUGCCAGGGUUCUCCCAGGGGCUGGCUUAAGAUUUACUGUCAGCAACGUUCCCUUUCCCAUGGACUUCACUGUGGCCAUUCGCUAUGAAACGCAGUCCACAGCUGACUGGACUGUCCAGAUCGUGGUUAAAGCCCCUGGAGGGAGAGAGCACUGUACACACCAGACCCUACCGCUAAAGCCUCAGUCUUUUGCCUUACCAGUGGCUUCCAGGAUUGUGCUUCUUCCUACACCCAUCUGUUUAGAACCAGAUACACAAUAUUCCAUAGAUGUCUACUUUUCCCAGCCUUUGCAAGGCAGGUCCCAUGCUCAUUCAUACAUCCUUGUUGAUUCCCUUGGUCUCAUUCCCCAAAUCAAUUCAUUGGAGGAUUUCUUCAGUAAGCAGAAUUUACACGAGUAUCAGCUGCACAACUGUGUUGACGUUGCCUCCGAAACAGGGCCUCGGGUGCUCCCUGGUGUGUGUGAAAGCCUCCUCGUCAGCGUAUCUGCCAGGCUCCACAAUGGGGCAGUGGCCUGCAAGUGUCACCCCCAGGGCUCUGCUGGGACCAGCUGCAGCCGGUUGGGAGGCCAGUGCCAGUGUAAGCCUCAGGUGACCGGACGCAGCUGUGACAGGUGCUCAACAGGAAGCUACGGUUUGGGGCAUCGUGGUUGUCAGUCAUGCUACUGCCACCCUCAAGGCUCAAAGAGUACUGUAUGUGACCAAAUAACAGGACAGUGCCCCUGCCAGGAAGCGGUGGCUGGCCACCAUUGUGACCGGUGCCUGCAGGGCUACUUUGGAUUUCCCAACUGCCGCCCUUGCUUUUGUAAUGGGUUCACUGAGCUCUGUGAUCCAGAGACAGGAUCAUGCUUCAAUUGUGGGGGGUUUACAACUGGAAGUAACUGUGAAAGGUGCAUCGAUCAUUACUAUGGACACCCGCCUUCGGGACAGCCCUGCCGCCCUUGCCCGUGUCCAGAGCUGCCCUGGAGCAAUCGGCAUUUUGCCCAUUCUUGUCAUCAGAGUCCUUGGAGCUCAGACGUAAUCUGUCAUUGUCUUCACGGUUAUGCAGGUAAGCAGUGUGAAGAAUGCUCUGCUGGUUUCUAUGGAAAUCCAAGAAUUUCUGGAGCACCUUGCCGGCCAUGUGCCUGCAACAACAACAUCGAUGUAACUGACCCCGAGUCCUGCAGCCGACGGACAGGGGAGUGCCUUAAGUGUCUGCACAACACUCAGGGGCCCAACUGCCAGCUCUGCAAACCAGGUCACUUUGGAUCAGCCCACAAUCAGACCUGCAGAAGGUGCUCCUGUCAUCCUGCUGGCGUGAAUGCCACUGCGUGUCCCCCUGGCCAGGGAGCUUGCCUCUGUGACCCUGACACUGGCACAUGCCCUUGUCUGCCCAACGUCACAGGAUGGACCUGUGACCGUUGUGCUGAUGGGUACUGGAACCUGAUCCCUGGCAGAGGAUGUCAGCCCUGUGACUGUGACCCCCGGACCUCACACAGCAGCCACUGUGACCAGCUUACAGGCCAGUGUCCCUGUAAAUUGGGCUAUGAUGGGAAGCGCUGCACAGAGUGCAAGGAAAAUUAUUAUGGUGAUCCACUGGGGCGAUGUAUUGCAUGUGACUGCAACAGGGAAGGUACUCAGGAGCCCACCUGUGACCGGGACACGGGCACAUGCAGCUGCCGGGAGGGUGUUGGUGGCCAGCGGUGUGACCGCUGUGCGAGGGGACAUGGCCAGGAAUUCCCUGCUUGUCUGCGGUGUCACUUGUGCUUUGAUCAAUGGGACCACACCAUUUCUUCCCUCUCCAGAGCAGUGCAAGGGUUAAUUAGGCUGGCUGCUGACAUGGAAGAUAAAAGAGAGACCCUGCCUGUCUGUGAGACUGACUUCAAAGGCCUCCGAGAGAACAUGUCUGAAAUAGAAAGGAUUUUGAAACAUCCUGUUUUCUCUGCUGGGGAAUUCUUAAAAGUCAAGGAUUAUCAUGACUCUGUUCGGAAACAAAUCGUGCAGCUAAGCGAGCAACUGAAAACAGUGUAUGAAUUUCAGGAUCUGAAAGAAACAAUAGUAAAAAUGAGGAGGGAAGCAGACCUCUUACUUGAAAAUCUUCAGGAAGAAAUUGAUUCGCACUCCAGUGCCCCUAAUGCAAGCAUCGUGGAGAACAUCAAGAAGUAUUAUCAGAGAUCUUCAUCUGCGGAAAAGAAAACUAACGGAACUACUUCCAUCAUAAAUAACUCUGAAAAAACCAGAAAUGACUUACUUACCAUUUUAGAUACACUAACCUCAAAAGAAAACUCGUCACUGGAAAAGUUAAAGCAGAUUAAGAUACCAGAUAUCCAAAUGUUGAAGCAAAAGGUGUGUGGAGAACGAGGGGACAUGCCAUGUGUGCUUGCUUCCGGUGGUGUCCCAAACUGUUGUGACUCCCUAACCCUCUCGACGAAUGCCCUGCAGAAAGCUCAGGAAGUAGAGCCUAUGAUUCAUAAUUUGGGCAACCAGUUUCAAGGGUUGAAGAAUCAGAUCAAAAAUAUAAGUAAACUGGCAGAAGUCUCCAAAAUCAAUGCCUUACAGUUAAGUGAGAAACUGUGGAAUAUGAAAAACCGAAGUGAAUCUGAAGAAGAAAAUAUGAAUCUUUUCAUAAAAAAACUGAAAAAAUUUCUGUUAGAGGAAAACGUGCCUCCAGAGGACAUAGAGAUGGUUGCAAAUCGUGUACUUGACAUCCACCUGCCAAUAGCAUCACAGAAUCUAACCCAUGAACUUGACAAAAUACAGAAACUCAUGCAACUCUGUGAGGACUCCAGGACAGAGGAGCACAGGCUGAAUAAAGCCGCAGAGGGAGCCCAGAAGGCUUUGGUGGCGGCAAAAGCAGCUGAAGAAGCAGCAAAUGUUCUAUUAAAUCUUGACAAAAUACUGAAUAAGUUGCAACGAGUUCCAGUCACUCAAGGACGGGCAAAUUCUACCAUCACACAGCUGACUGCAGAGAUAACAAAAAUAAAAAAGAAUGUAUUGCAGGCUGAAACUCAAGCCCAGGAGACCAGGAGUGAGUUGGACUCAGCAAAGCAACAGUCAACCCUGGAGGACGGGCUUUCCCGGCUGCGGAUCAAGUUGCGAAGGAUUCCAGAGCGAGCUCUCCAGGCAGAAGCUCAGGCCCAGUCCGCCGGGCGCCAGGCUGGAGGCCUUGAGGAGGAAUUUGUUGAGCUGAAAAAUCAAUAUGCGAUUCUCCAACAUAAGACAAGUGCUGCAGGACUGACAAUGGAAACAGUAGGAAAAGUGAAGCAGCUAAAAGAUGCAGCAGAAAAAUUGGCUGGAGAUACAAAGGACAAGAUAAGAAGACUAACAGAUUUAGAAAAGAAGAUCCAAGAUUUGAAUCUAAGUAGACAAGAAAAAGCUGAUCAAUUGAAACUGCUGGAAGAUCGAGUUAUUGCCAUUAAAAAUGAAAUUAUUGAGCAAGAAAAUAAACAUGCAGCCUGCUAUGUUUAGGCAAAGCGACAGGAAGUGAAAGCCUCUGCCUUGGUUUCUGGUUUCUGAUGAGCAAACUGAGGGGCUCUGCUGAGCUCAGGCAGCACAGGGGUCAUCCCUCAGGCCUCCCUUCCUGGAGCCCUUCCCUGUGGCAGAUUUCAGUGGCUGGAGAGUGGAACUGGGCCCAGGAAAUGACAACUCCUAUGGAAUAAAACGGGGAACAAGAGAUUGUCUCUGGCUUCAGAAACCUUUCCUCUUGCCUUUCAUAACUUAAAAAUAAUUAGUUACAUACUACAAGUACAAAUCUAAAUAAGUAUUCUAUUUACUAAUACUCAUUUCAGUCAAAUGAACCAAAAGUUUAAAUGAAUUGCCAGAGGCUGGGGCUGGGGAACAAUGGGGAGUUACUAACCAACUGGCAUAAAGUUUCUGCUAAGCAAAUGAAUUCCUUCUAGAGAUCCGCUACACGUUUUAUAUAUAGUUAACGAUAAUGUACUGUACACUUGAAAAUGUGUUAAUAGAGUAGAUUUCAUAUUAAAUGUUCUUACCACAAUAAAAUAAAAUGAAUAAGCUGAAACAAAUUAAAAUAAAU